AUGCGCUCGGAGAAGGAAGGGGCCAGUGGGACUGCGGCUGCUAUGAUUACAAGAAGUUCGAGUGGGAGGGAGAAGCCGGCAGUGCCCGCCACCCGCGGGGCUCCGUCCAUGGAGGUUCAGUUCCGUUGGGAGUCGCCACGACGGGAGUCCGAAAAGCCGCCCGCUUCCACCUCCGGAUGUGGGGGUGGCGGGGGCGGCACCAGUAAAUCACGCGAGGACAAGAGGACGGUUCUGAGCAAGGUUGUCAUUCGGAGGCUGCCUCCCAGUCUUACCAAGGAGCAGCUGGAAGAGCAGCUACACCCACUUCCAGCGCAUGAUUAUUUUGAAUUCUGUACUGCUGAUCUUAGUCUUUACCCUCAUCUUUACUCAAGAGCAUACAUUAAUUUUAGAAAUCCUGAUGACAUCCUUCUGUUUAGAGAUCGUUUUGAUGGCUAUAUCUUCAUUGACAGUAAAGGCUUGGAAUAUCCUGCAGUGGUAGAAUUUGCUCCAUUCCAAAAGAUAUCCAAAAAGAAGCUAAAGAAAAAGGAUGUCAAAGCUGGAAGCAUUGAAGAUGAUCCAGACUAUAAGAAGUUUUUAGAAACUUACUGUAUGGAGGAAGAGAAAACCAGCACCAAUCCUGAAACCCUUCUGGGAGAGAUCGAGGCAAAGACACGAGAACUCAUUGCUAGAAGAACCACACCUCUUUUGGAAUACAUUAAAAAUAGAAAAUUAGAAAAACAGCGAAUUCGAGAAGAAAAGCGAGAAGAACGACGGAGGAGGGAGUUAGAGAAGAAGCGCUUGCGGGAAGAAGAAAAAAGGAAAAGAAGAGAAGAAGAAAGGUGUAAGAGGAAGGAGGCAGACAAGCAGAAGAAAACCCCUGAGAAAGAGAUAAGGUUCAAGGUUAGGGCGUUAUUUCCCCUAAAAGCUAACCCUGUUCUUUUAUCCUGGCAGGACCGGCCAGCCAUGCAGCUGUACCAGCCAGGGGCUCGUAUCCGGGCCCGUUUGGGCUCUGCAGGUAAUUCCUGUGAGUGUAGUGGGACACCGGCUGAGGACAGCUGUGAUGGGAAGAAGGGUGAAGCAGAAGUCUCAGGGGUUCUUCCUAAGAAGAGUGAAGAGGGGGAGUGA